AUGCAGAUAUCCAAUUCACGCGCUCAAAAAAUACUGCAAUUGAGCAUGCAAAAUGAACAGCAUGAACUUGAUGAAACCAAUAACCCUGACUCUGUUUUGUUUGUUAUGAACCAAUUCCCAAAACCCUACGACACUUUGGUUGAUAGCGUAGCUUCUAAUUCUGCUUCAUCGACUUACUUUGAUAAUGGCUACAUUGACUGUAUUGAAAAUGAACAGCCUGGCGUGCAGUACAUUUCCGAUAAUCAAAGUUGUUUUAAGACGCAGACAUAUUAUGAAAUAGUUGAGAAUGUUGUUAUUGAAGACAUGUUUCCGCCCGAAACAGAACAACUCAGUCCAAGUUUGCUAUAUCCUCCCUCACCUUUCACCAUCACUUAA